GCUUUCAGCUCCAAGCGCUCACUUCGCCUACUCCAAGAUUUACAAUACUUUAUUGCUUUCCAUAUGGUUAUUGAUUGCCUUCUUUCACGACAUGCAUUUUAGGGUCACGCCAUACCAAAAUGCAAUUUAUGAAUGGAUGGAAAUGCCAGUUUGUAUUAUAGGACCCUCUCCACAACAUCUAGCGGGUAGCCAUGAAUUUAGCGUUUCAUCAUCGCAUUUCUCUUCUCCGUCCUAUCCUUAGCGCAUAUUGAGAAGCAGGUGCAGAGGCAGCCUUUGGUCUGUGCUGCGCAGAGACUGCUGGCGACUGGGCGCUGAAGACGGACAAACACAGGAAAAGCCAGCCGUACCGACAUGGCAGGUUCCGUGAUUGUCAGGCAGCAGCUGCUGUGUGUCCUGCUGCAGACUCUCUUCACCCUGCUGGUGCUGCAGCCCUCGUCGGGCGAGCGCUCCUGUCCGCUCAGCUGUCGCUGUGAGGGUAAGAUCGUCCACUGCGACUCGCUGGCCUUCCUGGAGGUCCCGGAGAACAUCUCCGUAGGUUGCCAGGGCUUGUCCCUGCGCGCCAACCAGCUGCACACGCUGCUGCCCUACCAGUUUGCCCACCUGAACCAGCUGCUGUGGCUCUACCUGGACCACAACCAGAUUGCCCAGGUGGACAGCCGAGCCUUCCAGGGCUUGCGUCGAAUCAAGGAAAUCAUCCUGAGCACCAAUCAGAUCUCGCAGCUCCACAACGCCACCUUCCAUGGCGUUCCCAACCUGCGCAGCCUCGACCUGUCCUACAACAAGCUAGAGUCGCUGCCGCCCGGACAGUUCCACGGCCUGCGCAAGCUGCAGAACCUUCACCUGCGCUCCAACCUCCUGCGGGACCUCCCGUUGAGGGUGUUCCUGGAGUGCCGCAGCCUGGAGUUCCUGGACCUGGGCUACAACCGUCUGCGGGUGCUGACCCGCACCAUGUUCCUGGGUCUCUCCCGGCUCAUGGAGCUUCACCUGGAACACAACCAGUUCUCCCGCAUCAACUUCUUCCUGUUCCCGCGGCUCACCAACCUGAGGGCGCUGUACCUGCAGUGGAACCGGAUCCGCGGGGUCAACCAGGGACUGCCCUGGGCCUGGCACACCUUGCAGAAGCUGGACCUUUCCGGCAACGAGAUCCAGGUGCUGGACCCGGUGGUGUUCCAGUGUCUGCCCAACCUGCAAGUGCUCAACCUGGAGUCCAACAAGCUGGCCAAUGUGUCCAUGGAAACGGUGGUGGCCUGGGACUCGCUGACCGCCGUCAGCCUGGCCGGCAACAUGUGGGACUGCGGCCCCGGCAUCUGCCCUCUGGUCAACUGGCUGCGGAACUUCCGGGGCACCAAGGAUACGAGCAUCAUCUGCAGCACGCCCAAGCACCUGCAGGGUGAGAAGGUUCUGGAAGCCACACGGAACCUCGCCGACUGCGAGGACACGGAGCUCUACGAGAGCACCACCUUCCCGCCAGCCAUAGAGCCCGACACCCCGGAACCCACCCCUGAACCAACCACCCCCUACACCAGCCCCCUUGCCCCCCUGCGCCCCCCUGCCACCCCUACCCCCAGACCUCCCAUGGCGCCUCCACCUUUACCCCAGCCGAACGCCCCCAGCCGCAGUGGAUCCGACCAACGAGCCCCUCGCCGUCCUCCCCCUCCUCCUCAAACCACCCCCGCGUCCGAGAGCCUCCCGUUGACUUUUCCUCCAGAGCCCGAGCGCAUCUCCUUCCACAAAGUGGUAGUGGGCAGCGUGGCGCUGUUCUUCUCCGUGUCGCUCAUCUCCACGGUGGUGUACGUGUUCUGGAAGCGGCUGCCGGCGCUGGCCCGACUGUUCCAGCAGCAGGCCACCGUGGGGCGCAAGCGGCGGAAAAAGAGUCCCGAGCCGGAGCAGAACCUCAGCUCCCAGCUCCAGGAGUACUACAUGAGUUACAACCCCGCCGCUACGCCCGAGAGCAUAGACGUGCUGGCCAACGGCGGCACGGGAGCCUGCACGUGCACCAUCUCGGGCUCGAGGGAAUGCGAGAAUGAGUUCCCCUGCCCCAGACCACUGCCGGGCUCCUGGCUGGGCGACAUGUCCUCCUUGCACUAGAGAGUCAUCCUAAUCAGCCGCUCCGCUGGACCAGUGGCCGGGAGAGGAGAGCCGUGUCCACGUCCACACCCCCGCCUUCCCCCUUGGACUCCUGGAUCUCGACUCAUCUCGUCGGCCACACAGCGGCACCCCCGACCCUCACUUUCUCCUCCUCUCAGCUCCACGGCUCCAAUACUUCAUCUCCACACAUCUCUCUCUCUUCUCCUCUUUCUC